CUCUCAUUGUACAACCUUCCGGCAACUUCUGCGCGCUCUCCACCUACGCCCCCUUCGUAGGCUCCUCCGCGACUCUCCGCCUGUCCUCAAGAUAAUGAAGGUCGCCAGUGGUAGCACCGCGGCCACCGCGGGCCCCAGCUGCUCGCUGAAGGCGGGCAGGACGGCGGGCGGCGCGGGCGAGGUUGUGCUUGGCCUGUCCGAGCAGAGCGUAGCCAUCUCGCGCUGCGCCGGGACGCGCCUUCCCGCCCUGCUGGACGAGCAGCAGGUGAACGUCCUGCUCUACGACAUGAACGGCUGCUACUCCCGCCUCAAGGAACUGGUGCCCACCUUGCCUCAGAACCGCAAAGUGAGCAAGGUGGAGAUCCUGCAGCACGUUAUCGACUACAUCAGGGACCUGCAGCUGGAGCUGAACUCGGAAUCCGAAGUCGGGACAGCUGGAGGCCGGGGGCUGCCGGUUCGGGCUCCGCUCAGCACCCUGAAUGGCGAGAUCAGUGCCUUGGCGGCCGAGGUGAGGCAGCAUGCGUUCCAGCCGACGAUCGCAUCUUGUGUCGCUGAAGCGGCGCACUGAGGACCAGAUGGACUCCAGCCCUUCAGGAGGCAAGAGGAAUAAAGUGCUCGCGGUUCCCCGGGAGAGCCCGGGGAAAGACUCUUGUCGCGGCCACCUUGGAUCUGGUCACGGGGCUCAGAGGCUUGACCAGCAGAGGCUCGCCCUCUCCACCUUUCAGCCCCCCAGAGACUUGGGGAGGGGGUAGUUAACCAACCCCGUAUGUUUCUAUUUUUUCGAAAAGCAGACAUUUUUUUUAAAUGGUCACAUUUCGUGCUUCUCAGAUUUCUGAGGAAAUGUUUCGUAUUGUAUAUUACAAUGAUCACUGGCUAAGAAUAUUGUUUUACAAUAGUUUUAUGGGGGUGGGUUUUUUGUUGUUAUUAAACAAAUACUUUAUAUA